AGGGCGCUGCGCUGUGAUUGGCUCUGCUGACGUCGGACGCCGCCGCGGCGCGCUCUGCAGACUCCGGGUCGCCGCUCCGCCGGGACGCGUUGGUCCGGGGCGCGCGGUUCUUGGCUGCGGCGCUCACACUCAUGAGGAGCCGGAAGCUCACAGGUGCAGUGCGGUCUUCGGCGCGCUUGAAAGCACGAAGUUGUUCGGCAGCCGGGUUGGCCUCUGCCCAGGAAGCCGCUGGUUCCACGUCUGCCAAGACAGCAUGUCUGACUUCCUCAUCCCACAAAGCCACAGACAGGCGAACGUCCAAGAAGUUCAAAUGUGACAAAGGUCAUCUUGUGAAGUCAGAAUUACAGAAGCUUGUCCCUAAGAAUGACAGUGCUUCUUUGCCAAAAGUGACACCUGAGGCCCCUUGUAAAAAUGAGUUUGCUGAAAGCGGUGCCUUGCUUCCAGGCAGCGAGGCUGGCGUUUCCGUGCAGCGGGGGGCUGCAAGUCUUCCCCUCGGUGGCUGCAGAGUUGUGAGUGACUCCCGCUUAGCAAAGGCUAAAGACGGCCUGUCCGUGCCGAAGCACAGUGCUGGGUCAGGAGCAGAAGAAUCCAAUAGCAGCUCCACUGUGCAGAAGCAGAACGAGCCAGGGCUAGAGACAGAGGACGUGCAGAAGCCGCCACUUCAGAUGGACAACAGUAUCUUUCUGGAUGACGACAGCAAUCAGCCAAUGCCCGUGAGCCGGUUCUUUGGAAACGUUGAGCUCAUGCAGCCCAGUAGGGAGGAAGCUCUCAUCUAGAGGUGAAUGCUGGGACUCAGGCGUUUUCACGCGUCUGAAAGGGAAGAGCGCUUUGCGAGCCCCAGAGCUGCUGGAUGGGGCACGCUGCAGAUGCGGGUGCAGAUGUGUGUUGCUCAUGACUGAAGCCAUGUUUUCUUCUCUAAGGACCUCCCACCUGCGUCUUCAUCGUGUCCUUCAAUGAGCAGACGAGAGUUCAGAAAAAUGCAUUUCAGAGCCAAAGAUGAUGAUGAUGAUGAUGAUGAUGAUGAUGCAGAAAUGUAGAGAACAUACAAAAUGAUGUCCUUGCCCUAUUUCAUACCAUUAACAAUUUGACAGUUUAGCACAUUACAAGAUUUAUAUAAAAUGUAUCUCCAAGAGAAUGUCUUAAUCAGACUUCAGAACUGACCCAUCAAAGUCAAUAGUGCAAAGCACUGAAUACCUGUGGAGGAUACACUCAUGGGAACUCAAACUCAGACAGUCUUUGAGGUUGCAAAGCUGCUGUACUGUACCAAUGUCCUUUCUUUUUUUUUUUUUUUUUUUUUUUCUUGAAGACAGAGUUUCUUUCUUGUCGCCCAGGCUGGAAUGCAAUGGCGCCAUCUCGGCUCACUGCAACCUCCACCUCCCGGGUUCAAGUGAUUCUCUUGCCUCAGCCUCCUGAGUAGCUGAGAUUACAGGCGUGCGCCACCAUGCCCAGCUAGUUUUUGUAUUAUUAGUAGACACAGGGGUUUCACCAUGUUGGCCAGGCUGGUCUCAAACUGCUGACCUCAGGUGAUCCGCCUGCCUCAGCCUCCCAAAGUGCUGGGAUGACAGGUGUGAGCCACCAUGCCCGGCCAGUGUCCUUGUACACGUACAUACAUGGUGAUGGCUUGAGUCAGCUGCAGGGCAGUGGGCUCAGUGAGAGGGAUUUUUGUAAAGACAGCUCUUCACUUCAGCUCAGUAGCUUUGGUCAUAGGCAAGUUUGUUUUCCAUUAUCAUAAUUUGAUCAUACUUGUGAUGAAUUCAAUGCUAGUUCUUAAAGAACUCUUAUUUCUGUAUGCAGAGCUAACGUUUACUUUGGAAAUUUUGCAAAAUACACGUAAGAAAGAAAUAAAAUAUAUUUUGAAAAUA